AUGUCGCGUAAGGAAUUUGUUUGCUUGUCUCUUCAGCAUGAUGUGUAUGGGACAGACCCGCUAUAUCAGGCUUUGGAUAAUGAAUGUCUUGAGAUGAAGGCACAAUCGUUAAAAUCAAGAUUGACUCCAAAGAUCAUGAAAAAGCAAAAGAGCUCGGUCGAGCACUAUUACUGUGCGGUUGAGGCUUUGCUGCGGGACCAGACACGAAUUAUGUUCCAGUUGGGCAUCAUGUUCAACAAGCGUUUCUAUCGAAGGGACAUUGGCCUUGAACUUUUCGUUAGUCGAUACGGAAGCGACGGCCGUCUUUUUGCUGGGGUUAAAGAAACCUUUCCCAAGUUGUGCGAAACGUUCCCAGACCCGAAGCCCACUGAUGAACUCAUUGCAAUAAAUGGCAAAACGUUCCCACUCAGACCAUCCCUAUCAUUUUUCACCCAGCUGGAUGACUACAUCUCGACGGCCCCUAGGCCUCUUAUCCUCACGUUCAUUCAAGGCCAAAAUCGCGAUUGCGCAUUUCUUGAACAGGUUGCGCGUCAGAAUCAAGAAGCUGCUAUCGCCAAGCUCACAGCGCGAAAAGCGCCGGGUCCGCAGCGCACAUCCAUUAGUUUUGAUGUCGCGAUCCCCGGAACAAAUCUCGAGGCCGAUACACCAGACGUGAUGUCCAUCCGACGUGAAGACGAAAUUCACUUUCAAUAUAGUCAAUCACAAGACGAGUACUCAGGUGAUGAGCUCACCCCACCUUCGUUAGACGGCAAGAGAACACUGGUCUCUGACGAUACCUUCAUAGUUUGUAUCGGUGAUGCCGAUGACGCAAAUGCAGAUGCUGGCAGCGAGAGCACCUUCGCCUGUCUCGGGGUACAGACGAAAAGCCGGCUUUCUAUCCUGGCGAGCACAUACGAUUACGAUUUAGCAUGCAGAUCGAUCGACGCGAUGUCGGAGCUCGCGAGCACCCCGCGCUCCGCGAAUAUGCAGCGACGUGCAACGAUCCCAGUGGCUUUGAGGUCCGCAAACAUCUCUUCGACUCGAGCCGAUUUGAUCGAGAUCACCUCACCGCCUCCGGGAGGCGCGCGGCGCCGCGGGCGACACGGUGCUCACCGCGCAAUGCUAUCAAACCGGACUAAUGAUCAUUACGCCACAUUUAACUUUUGGCUUUACCAGGAAAGUAGCGCCCAUAAGUGGUGCGAGGUCAGUGUCUUGGGCCACCACGUAGCAGCUAAGGAUAAGCGAGCAGUCAUGGGCCUUAAGGACCACGCAUGGGUCAUAGCGACAUUUCUGCAGGAAAUACUCGACAAGUGGUGGUCACAGAUUUCACCAUGGGACCAGGGCGGUAUGCGCAAGUUAGCAGCUCAAUUUAAUACGCUGAUACGGGAAGGCCUGUCGGUCGAUGAGAUCAACGCUUUCUUUGUUAGCCAUUUCGAGUAUGCGCAGCGGCGCUUCACUGGAUGGCUGCAGGGGAGUGUUACGAGCCCUCCCCUGAUGGGGGAGUUUGACCCGCAACUGGUGGCCUUAUACAAGGUUAAGAUCCGGGAUGCACAGAUGCGCAUACAGAUCGGGAUGGUCCGAAUGAUAUGUAUCAUUCCAUAUCUUUUUUACCAUUCUAUAUCUUGUAUCAUUCUUGAUAUGGUGAUACUGAAAAGUAUCAUUGGUGAUAUCCGCGCUUCGUGCAAUUUGGACCACUUUGUAAUUUGGACCAUGGGGAGAGCCACACGAUGGUCCGCCUCUGAGGGCUGUCUCGCGGCCGGUUCUUGGUCGCCUUCGGCGCGGAGCCCCAUGAAGAAGAAGCAGAAGUCGAUCACGGACGGUCCGGCGGCCGCGCUCGGGGCCGCGCGGCGCGGCGCCAAGCUCGUCAUCGAGCCCCGCGGGGCCUACAAUGCCACGUCGAAGCUCCACGACUUCGACGGGGAGACCACAGGACGACUUCCCGGGCGCACCCGCCCGCGAGCUUCGGUGUCCUCCCAGAUGCGAGGGGUCCCUCGGGGAUGGUGGCUCGGCGGCUCCUGUGGUUUUGUUCUUCAGCUCCGCUAUGUUGAUCCUAAAGUUGAUGUUUUCUUGGUCCAAAUUGCACGAAGCGCGGAUACGGGGAAGUAUCAUGCUUAUAUAAAAGGGUAUCAUUAG